AUGAUAAGCACACUUGCCUAUUUUUGCCGUUCCACUGUUCAAAGAGGAUGUAAAUAGGAUACGUAUUACGUAAUGUAAUAUUUAUUUGACCAAUUCAGAUUGAGCGAACGCCGAACAUUAGAGUAAAAAUAUUCUUUGUUUCAUGAAAUUAUUGGAAUAAUUGAAAUCAAAAUAUUUUGUUAAAUACAUAUAAUGUCUCUGACUUAUAUACCUAGAGUUACACAGUUGGAUUCAUUGCAAUUGGAUGAAGAGCUUGAAGAACUCUUAAAAAAUAUUCUUUUGCAAGCAACUAAGUUUUUGGAGCCAGGGAUUCUACAACCAGUUUUACCGGAGUUGGAACUAUUAAUUAGAUCAUGGAUAUUCAAAUACUCUGUGUAUGACAAAAAAUGCACCUUUGGCCAAGAAAUGUUAUCAUUGAAGUACAAAGCUGAUAAUAUAUCACAAAGUAAACUGUAUUGGUAUUAUGGCUACACAGUUGGACUUAAAUACAUUAAGGACAGAUUAUUAUAUAGUUUUACGUGUAACACAAAGGUGCAGAAUAUUCUAUACAAGUUGGAGAUAUUUCAGUCAAUUGGAGAUAUUGUAAAUUUUCUUUUUUUCAUCCAAAAUGGAAAACAUCCGACAUUUAUUGAUUCAAUUCUGGGCCUACAAUUGACCGCUGAUAAAGUAGUGAGAGAAGAUUUGACAGACUUGUCAUGGACAAGAGAAAUUUUGUGGCAUAAUUUCAUUGAAUUGAUUGGUACAGUACUGUCAAUAGUCAACAUGUUUGGAUUAAGGCAAAGAUUGACUAAGACAUUGAAGUAUGUUUGGUGGAGAAAACAUGUCCGAACAGUGACAACACCGAAGGAAGCAAGAAUGACUAUUCACACUACUUGCGCCUGUUGCUCCGAGAAACCUGUUAUUCCACAUGUUAUGGGUUGUGCUCAUAUCUUUUGUUACUAUUGUUUACAGGCAAACAAAAUGGCCGAUCCUGAUUACACAUGUCCUAAGUGUUAUUAUGGUGGAAAAGAAGUUAAAAAAUUGGUGAUUGCUUAAGCUCACUAUUCGAAGUUAUAGAUAAUAUACUAGUCAAAACAAAAUAAGGGCCACCACGUUUUUACAGUAUUCUCAUGAAUUCUUGAGGUUUAAAGGUUGAUCAAUGUUUCAGUUGGAUAAAUUGAUUGAUUUUUAUUGUAGACAGCAUAAAAUAAUGAGGCAUUCCAUUAAAAAAAGAAAUUUGCUCCACUUUUUCAAAAAAUUGACAUUUUUGUAAAAAUAAUUAGUGAGGAAAAAAAUUCUGAAAAAAAAAAACAAAAUGUUUCUUGAUUUAUGACCUUCCUCAAUAUCCAGUAUGCCGUCCUCGAUUACUAAUGCACUCUUGAAGCCUAGAAGGUACAUUCUCCACCAGGUGAACCACUGUUUCUUGAGGAAUUUGUUCCCAGCUUGAUUUCAGAACGUUUAUUAGCUGUCUUUCAUUGUGCUCGGGUUGGUUUGUGCUUCGAACACUGCAUUUCAGUAAAUCCCACAUGUGUUUAAUGGGAUUUAGAUCCGGACUGUUUGCAGGCCAGGCCAACACCUGUAUACCAGCCUCCUCUAGGGCUUCUCUGGUGGCCCUACCUGUAUGAGCGCGAGCAUUAUCGUGCAUCAGAUGGAAUCUUGCGCCGAUUCUAUGUGCAUAUGAGACCACAUGGGGUCUUAUGACCUCCUCGAUGUAACUUUGAGCUGUUAUUGUGCCUUCGUUUAGAAUUACCAGCUCGGUUCUGCCUGACAUAGAGAUUCCUCCCCAUACCAUAACAUUGGGGCCCCCAAAUCUGUCACUUUUAUGGAUGCAAGCAUCCGAAAAUCGCUCACCUUCACGCCUCCAGACCCUAAUGCGACGGUCAUCACUAAAAAAAUUAACUUUGCACUUAUCCGUAAACAAUACAGUCCUCCAAUCAUUCAUAUCCCACGCCAGAUGCUGCCUCGCGAAUGAUAAUCGGUUUGCACGAUGAGCACUUGUUAAUGGUAUCCGCAAUACAUGUCUCCUGGAGAACUGCUGGUCUUCGUGUAAACGAUUUCUAAUAGUUUGAUCACUAACACGUGUACCGGUCGCCUGCUGCAAACGGUUUUGUAACGAACGGGCUGUUAUACAGCGUUCUCUACGCGCAGUCAAGCGCACGUAGCGGUCCUCCUGUGCUGUAGUUGCUCGAACUCUGCCAGAUCCCCGUCUCCUGGUUAGUCUCCCAGUCUCUUGAAAACGAUUCCUAGCAUUCUGGAUCGCUCGCCGGGAAAAACCCAGCUGCAACGCCACAGAACGCUGCGAAUGGCCUUCUUGAAGCAAUGUUACGGCCCUAGUUACGGUUCGCAAGUCCAUAUGACUUCGAAUUCUCGGCAUAACUUUUAAAAUGUUAAUUCAGCCACUAGUCAAACGAAACUUACAGUGUUCCUGAGAGAAUCGUCAAUUUGACUGAGUUGAAAUCCGUCUUAAUAUCGGGUAGAAUCAAGUGGUUGCAAUAAAUUAUCUAAAACUACCCACUUUAAGCAAUUAUGCGGGUGGAAUGCUCAAAAAAAGUGUGUAAAAAAAUAAGGUAACACCACAAUAAAGUAUCAGCUACUUGAGAAUGCAUAAAAAAUAAAUUAUCGCUAGCGAGGCCAAAAAAAUCAAGUGGCCCUUUAUUUUGUUUUGACUAGUAUAUAUUAUACAAGAAUUGAAUUAAUAUAACAAUUAUUGGUGCUUGGCUGUGAUAAAAUACUUAAAUAAAUGUUUUAUACAAUUUAAAA